AUGUCGCACACAUCUGCAAAAUCAUCCUCGGAUCUCUCGAGUUUUCUCCAGCCGCUUCGUAUUGGGAUUGAUACUCUGUAUGACUUGUCAUACCGCCUUUCCUUAACCUACAAGAAGCUAGCGGCGUCCCCCGAACACUUCUUCCCCACUCCCAUCACUCGGCUACCAACUGGGCUGGAAACGGGCCGGUAUCUAGCGGUUUACGUUGGUCUUUCGUAUCUCCGAGUAGCCUUUAUCGACUUGUUAGGUGAUCAACAGCGCGUACGACGAACACUAGAAAAGGCUUGGCCAAUCGAGGAGCAUCUGCGAAGAGACCGUGCUCCAGAUUUGUUUACCUUCAUCGGAGAUUGUAUUGCAGAUGUUGUCAGAGACAGUCUGAACAGUCCAAGCGAAGAGGUACCCCGCGAGCUGACGACAGGUAUCUCGUUUUGUUUCCCGAUCAGACAAAAAUGUUUGAAUGAGGCCAUUCUCAUGCCAACAGGAAAAGGCUUCGCCUUGAAGACUGAUCUUAAUUUGCACCAGGCUUUACUGGAUGGUUACGAGCGUCACACCUGGUCCCCUGGUGAAGAUGAGCAGCGCAUGCCUGUCAAACGACGAAAACUCUUUAACCUUCCCAAGUUAAGGAUUGCAGCGAUGACAAAUGAUACUUCGUCAACACUUUGCUCGCUGGCGUAUACAAUCCACUCGUUCCCAAAUACGCGCGCCGUAAUGGGCUUCAUUGUAGGUGCUGGCUCCAAUGCUACUGUUCCAAUAAAGAUAGCCGAUCUCCACGAACGUAAAAUCCAGCAUAUUCGCGAGAAAGAUCCAAGUGCCCAGGAGGCUCUGGUCUCGACGGAGUGGACUUUAUCUAGUGCCUCAGCACCUAUCUUUGAGCUGAAUCUUCGAACUAAAUGGGAUACGGAGCUCGACAAGCAUUGUCAAAGGCCGGGAUUUCAACCCUUAGAGUUGAUGGUUGGUGGAAGGUAUGUUGGUGAGCUAGUGCGGCUCAUCGCCUUUGACUGGUUUCACGGUGUGCUAGGUAUCCCACGCUCAGCAUUGCCUGCGAAUCUGGUUGCAGAGUACUCGCUUUCAACAGAUUUCCUUUCUCUUAAGGUAGCUUGCAACCAGUCCGAUGAGCGGCUGGCAAUGGAGCUGUCCCAUGAGCUACCGCCGCCUUCUAUGAGUGACUGGCGCUGGACGCCGGAUUCUUCCCGGGAUUUGCGUGUCAUUGCAAGUUAUGUCCAGGAUAGGGCGACUUCCCUGGUUGCAGCAGUUAUCGUUGGUCUUCUUGUAUGUGCAGGAGAGAUUGCUUUACAACCUCCUCACAAUCAUAGAGACCUUUCAGCACCGAAUGCUUCGAAUGGAAAAGCACGGACUGAUGAGUCCACAACAAGGUGGAAAAAUGGUCCGGAAGAACUGGCUGUAGCUGUUUCCGGCGGGGUCAUGCAGCAUUAUCCGUACUACAAGGAAAAGACACAAAGAUACAUCGAUCAGCUUCUGAUUCGUGCUGGUCCACAGGAAGGGGGCAAAAGCAUUUUUCUUCGUGAUGUGAAUGAUGGAGGAUUAAUAGGGACGGGAAUCUUAGCAGGAACUACCGCUGGGGAGAUCGGGGGUAUUAUAGGCUCGACCUUUGAAGUGUCAAGCUUCAAUUCCAUAUAG